AUGCCAGAGGUUCCUCUGGCAUGGGUCAUCGAGUGGAUUACGAGCAUCUUAGCCACUCGUAUGAGAGACGCGUCUGACAUUGCCGACUUCGCGGCAUCUGCCGUGUGCCAGAGGAUCCUCUGGCAUCGGACGUCGUCUUCGUGGAUUUCGAGCGGCGUAGCUGCUCGCAUACGCUGCCCUUCGCAAACGAACGCCCCGACACCGUCUUCCGCCAUGCCAGAGGGUCCUCUGGCAUGGAACAUCGUCUUUGUGGAUUUCGAGCGGCGUAGCUGCUCGCAUACGCUGCCCUUCGCAAACGAACGCCCGACACCGUCUUCCAUCGUGCCAGCUCUGGUUCUAUGCUCUGGAAGAAAGCUGCGCCGUUUAUUGGUGCCUGCAAUUCCUUCGGUCUCUUUCCCCAACGCUGUAUACCAUUUACACCACACCUGUCAAAGUUCGUCAACCGUCUUCAUCACUCCAGACAUCAUUGUCGGACUUUGGAUGGAGAUGGCCAGUGUGCCACCCCACCGAUGUUGUUCCCCGUCUUUCCACAACCACGACCGCUCUCCUCACCGAAAGAUGGAGCAGCUCCAACUAAAGUGUUUCUAUCCAGCUCAAAAGCCUCGUACAGUUGUUAUUCCUAACUGCAAAGAUGCAUGCGUUGCACAGCUGUUGGAGGAAAUCCACGGGAAGCUCAAACAGCGGAUCCCCGAAUUCAAGGUGGCCAUGGACGACCUCUCCCUCUACAAGGCGGAUCUCCCAUCGAACCCCUAUGAAGACCUGGAUGGCCGUGCACGCCAAUGGAUCCUUGAUCAUCAGAGCGACGAACUCCAUCCCCAGAUGGACAUUAACGAGCUCUUCCAGAGUCCGCCAUCUCAAGGCAUAACUCAUAUCUUGGUCGCCGAUCCCGAACUCCGGCAUGAGCUCGCCAUGCAACCCCGUUCCGUCCCCUUGGCCCCAGAGUACGAACAAUUGAUCAUGACCACGUCUGCUCGAGGCCAAGUUACACUCCAAGAUCUGGAGGACAACGGCAUCGUUGAGGAGAGCAGCCCGGAUUCGCGCAUUGUGGAGUUCCAGGGCAUGCUCGAAACCCCCCCUCGCUAUGAAGGCGUGGACUUGUUCAAAUACGUCGGGAGAUAUCUUCGAGACCUUCAAAAGACACCCUCCUCAAGCCCUCAGCCUCAGGUGGGCGUCGUCCCAGCCACUGAAGACCUCUGCGCACUCGGACGCAAGUUUAUUUCCACCCGUGCCCUUCCGUACUUUCCCUCAGUCCCCAACGACAGCACCAACUCGGACCCCAACGACAGCACCAACCCGGACCCCAACAACGGCACCGCCCCUAACGGGGGCUCUAAUGCCAGAGAGUGCAGUCUCCAAGAGAUCGCUCAUGUCCACCAUGUGCUAUUCUGCGAUUUUUCCCAAAAGCUGGGCGCGGGGGAGAAGGGCCACUAUGGCGAACUCCAAGCCUAUGCGGCGGUGUUCUCCCCUUUUGGAUACAGCUUGGCUGCCUUCAGGGCCUUCCAAAUUGGGUACCACAGGACCGACUGGCCGUUCAGUAUUUUCAUUAAAACCGGCCGCGUACUCUACUCCUACAAGCCCCGAAGCGAUUUUCAAUUCUCACCUGCUACUUUUCCCGUCUUCCUUGCAGAAAUCCAGUCGCAGACGAAUAUGAAGGACGACAACCGCAUGAAACUUCAAGCAGCGGCCCUUCUUAGAUUUGCAAACGGGUACUUGAAGAAGCACAAGGAGAACAAAACCUUCUUUCUCGUGACGGCGUACAUCAAUUCGAAGGGGAUUCUGGAACGAAGGAUUUUCUAUCAGGAUCAGGAUCAGGGGCCGAGCAUGAAGGUCAAAUACACCGCAGCUAAAGCCUUCGAACUCACCGAGAAGCCCAGUCACCUAUCGUUCCUCUGCGAGCUGUACAACCUCGCAUCGUGGGCGGCGAAGAAUGUUUUGGGCAAUAACGCCCAAGACGAAAAAGUUCAGAUACAGGCGCUCGACGAGGCGCUCAGCAAGAAGCCGCCCCUCGAGGGGUGGACGAGCACAAAAAAAACCUCCCGAAAGGCGCCGGAUGGUGGAUUCGAGGGAGAAGGGCGACCAACCCAGCGAGCGAGAGGCGCCGGAGGUGCUGGGGAUGAGUCCCAGCUUGCUGAGCAGCUGGAGGCUUUAGGAUACCAGGUGGAGCCUCUCGUCUUCGAGGACGCCUCUGGAGUGUGGGAGCGGUUGGACCAGCGACAGCCGUCUACAAUCAGGACUGUGUAUGAACAGUCAGACGUUGAGCGCACGAACCCCUUGAUCGCCAAACGAGCUCGCAAGUCGUCACAGGAGCUCGAGAUUCUACAGCACCUCCGAGCCCAGAGUUCACCAUCCCAGUACAUCGUCGCCCUCUUCCACCAUGUCGCUAUUGGCGAUACGACGUACCUUAUCUUCCCGAGCCUGGAGCCUAUCAGCGAAGAAUCUCUGCGCGGCGGCAGGAUCCAGCAGCCCUGCCAGAGCCUAGUUGCAGGCGUUGGGUACCUCCACAAGCAUGGAGUUGCCCAUCUCGAUCUGAAACCCGACAACCUCCUCUACGACGCCCGCACUAGGGAGCUGAAGAUCAUCGACUUCGACAUCGCCGUGCUAGUUGAGAACGAGGAGCAGGAGGUCGAAGGGUACCGCGGUACAAGAGGUUGGACAGCGCCCGAGGUGCGCGACGGACGGAGGUAUAGUGCCGUCCGGGCUGAUCGGUGGGCCUGCGGUCGCAUUCUCAAGUGGUUUCUUCGGUAUACAGGCAGCGGAACUGGCCGGGGCCUCUGGAAUCUUGCGUGUCAGCUGCUGGCGGAAAGCCCCCGCGAUCGACCGUCGCUCAUCGGGUGGUGUCAGGCUGAUUCUGGAGUGCUGGGCAAGACACCGAGAUGCGCCGGCUUCGACAACGCUGCAGCUGGUGGUGCUGGUGGUGCUGGCGGCAGCGUGCACGACGUCGCGGAUGUGGAGGUAGUUGUAACAUUCGUCGUAUGGGAGGAUAACGGCUUUGCCGUGGAGGGACUCGCCCGCGUGCUUAUUAGAGGAAAGGAGCAUGUUUGGAGUCUCUCAUAUGCCGUUCGCGAAGCGCUCGCGAGAGUCUACUUUUCCCAGGCAGAUCUGACGUACUGA